ACGAUGGAUGCGCCCGAAGGACCUCGUCGCUUUUCAUUUACUGCCAGCCCGCUCAUUACACCUCUUGAUGUGAACAAGUCAGCGCAGUAUGGAACGAUUGCUGAUGUCUCCGAGCUCGAAGCGAUCCUAGGAGAAAACGAAGAAUCCCUCUCCACUACCGCCAGCCAUGAAGCCAAACUCCUCCUCAAAUACUCGGUACCGUUGACCAUCACCUAUCUACUGCAAUACAGCUUCAGCCUCGUCACCAUCUUCGUUGUCGGCCACCUAGGAACCGAGGAGCUUGGAGCCGUCUCCUUAGCCACCAUGACGGCCAACAUCACGGGCUACGCUAUAUACGAGGGUCUAGCAACCUCUCUUGAUACCCUCUGCGCGCAAGCCUACGGCUCCGGCCGCAAAGAACAAGUCGGCCUACACCUCCAGCGAAUGAUCCUCCUUAUGCUCCUCGUCACGCUCCCCAUCGGGCUCCUCUGGACCUUCUCGGGCCCCAUCCUCGCCGCCCUCGUCCCAGAAACAAAACUCGCCCACAUGGCUGGCAACUACCUCCAAGUCCUCCUUUUCAGUUGCCCCGGCUACGCCAUCUUUGAAGCCGGAAAACGCUUCGUGCAAGCCCAGGGGCUCUUCAACGCCAGCCUCCUCGUCCUCCUCAUCUCCACCCCCUUAAACAUGCUCUUCAACUACCUCUUCGUCUUCACCUGGCACUUACACCUCCGCGGCGCAGCCCUCGCAACCGUCCUCUCCAACACCCUCCUCCCCAUCCUCCUCCUCCUAAUCAUCUCCUUCAUCUACCCUUCCUCCCUAGAAUGCUGGACCGGCGUCUCCCGCUCCGCCCUCCGCAACUGGACUCCCAUGCUCGCCCUCUCCCUCCCAGGCAUCAUCAUGGUCGAAGCCGAAUGGCUCGCCUUCGACAUCCUCACUUUCUCCACCUCGUUCCUGUCCACCGCGCACUUGGCCGCCCAGUCCGUCGUCAUGACCACCUGCGUCGUCAUGUUCCACGUCCCCUUCUCCGUCUCCGUGGCCGUCAGCACGCGGCUAGGCAAUCUCAUCGGCGCCGGCGCGCUGCACGCCGCGCGCACCGCGACGAGGACGUACGUCCUGAUCUUCGCCGUCAUGGGUGUCGUAGACGCCAUCGUGAUUGCCGCCCUGCGCGACGUGCUUCCCAGCGCCUUCUCGACGGAUGCAGACGUCGUCAGGAUCGCGUCCGGCACGAUGCCCGUGUUGGCCGUUUUCCAGAUCUGCGAUGCGAGUACCGCGUUGGUGAAUGCGGUGUUGCGCGGCCUUGGGGCCCAGAAGAUCGGCGGGUGCGUGAAUCUGGGCGUGUAUUACGGGAUCGCGGUGCCGCUGGCGCUGUGGCUUUGUUUUGGGGCGCCGGCGAUGGAGUUGAGGGGUUUGUGGGUUGGGUGCGUGGUUGGGAGUGGUUUGAUCAGUUUGGUCGAGGGGGGUUGGGCGUGGGGAUGUAGAUGGGAGGAGGCGGUUGAGAGGGCGAGGGUGAGG